AAGAAAAACCCUUGAAUGAGUAGGUGUGUCCAAACUCUUGACUGGUACUGUAUAUACAUACAUUUUUUUAUUAAAAAAGACAAAAGCAUCCACUGAAAGUGACUUUUAGUCCAAGAUCUGUGUCAGGGAAAAGGCUAUAUGCAUCACAACAUUGUGUCUCUUUGGGUCUCUGACAGAUUAAUCUGAUAGCGCCGCCGCGCUACGUCAUGACCACCACCACACUGGAGCGCACAGAGGGUCUCUCUGUCCUCAACCAGGCCAUGGCUGCCAUCAAAGAGAAGAUUGAGGAGAAGCGAGGAGUGUUUAACAUCCAGAUGGAGGCGAAGGUUGUGACCGACAUAGAUGAGACAGAGCUGGCCCGCCAGCUGGAGCAACUGGAGAGAGAGAACGCUGAGGUGGACGGAGAUGACGAGGAUGGAGAGAUGGAGGCCAAGGCAGAGGACUAAACUAGAUGAAGAACUGAGGGAUUGGAUACAAUGACGAGACCAACUAUACAUAUGCAGUCCAGAGCAUGUAUUCA